AUGGCUUCUCCCGAGUUCACACUCUCAUUCGAGGUCGCUCCUCCUGCCUCCGUCAGCCCUGGCCAAGCAUUCACCCGUCCCGUGACUGUAUCAGUUCGCCCAAUUGGCACUCCCUCUCGAAGUGUGCAUGCUCUUGUGCUAAACGCCUCUCUACGCAAUGAAUCCGGCACGGGUGCUGCAGUAGGAUUGACGGGAAAUUUGACAACAAACGUCCGUGAUAGCGCGAUGAGCGGCUCCGCCAAGUUCGGUACCUUGGCCAUUUCGACACCGGGGAAGUACCGGCUGCGCGUGAUGCUCGCAACAGCCUCACCCAAUGGCAUCGUUACGAAAGAAUUCGUUGAUUCCGGAAUCAUUACCGUGGCCACUGCGUGA